GAGGGGGAGGGACUUGCAGCGCUUUUCUGGCUGCCGCCGAGGCAGCGGGCGGCAGAGCGAGGGCAGCCGGGCCAAGCACCGGCUCUCGGGGGUCACCGGCCCCGCCGCCAUGGCCGGGCUCCUGCCGCUGCUGCCGCUGCUGCUGCUCCCGGCGGGACCCGCCUGGGGCUCCAAGGAGAGGUGCUUCACCAAGAUGUACACGGCGAGCGGGGAGUGCUGCAGAGCCUGCAACCUGGGCGAAGGGGUGGUGCAGCCCUGCGGGGUCAACCAGACCGUCUGCGAGCCCUGCCUGGACAGUGUCACCUACUCGGACACGGUGAGUGCCACGGAGCCGUGCAAGCCCUGCACGCAGUGCGUGGGGCUGCAGAGCAUGUCCGCGCCCUGCGUGGAGUCGGACGAUGCCGUGUGCCGCUGCGCCUACGGCUACUUCCAGGACGAGGCGAGCGGGAGCUGCCGGGAGUGCCGCGUGUGCGAGGUGGGCUUUGGCCUCAUGUUCCCCUGCAAGGACUCGCAGGACACGGUGUGCGAGGAGUGCCCCGAGGGCACCUUCUCCAGCGAAGCCAACUUCGUGGACCCCUGCCUGCCCUGCACCACCUGCGAGGAGAACGAGGUGAUGGUGAAGGAGUGCACGGCUGUCUCGGAUGCUGAAUGCAGAGACCUGCACCCACGCUGGACAACGCACACCCCAUCCCUAGCAGGCUCCGCCAGCCCCGAGCCCAUCACCAGGGACCCCUUCAACACCGAGGUGGUGCCCAGCACCCUGGCAGACAUCGUCACCACCAUCAUGGGCAGCUCCCAGCCUGUCCUGAGCCGCGGCACCGCCGACAACCUCAUCCCCGUCUACUGCUCCAUCCUGGCAGCCGUGGUGGUGGGGCUGGUGGCUUACAUCGCUUUCAAAAGGUGGAACAACUGCAAACAGAACAAGCAAGGGGCCAACAACCGCCCCGUGAACCAGACGCCUUCGCCCGAGGGGGAGAAGCUGCACAGCGACAGCGGGAUCUCGGUGGACAGCCAGAGCCUGCACGACCAGCAGCCGCCCGGCCAGAGCACCCAGGGGCCAGCGCCCAAGGGAGACGGGAGCCUCUACGCCAGCCUCCCCCCCGGCAAGCAGGAGGAGGUGGAGAAGCUGCUGGGCAGCUCUGCAGAGGAGACGUGGCGGCAGCUGGCGGGGGAGCUGGGCUACAAGGAGGACCUCAUAGACUCCUUCACGCGGGAGGAGAGCCCGGCGCGGGCGCUCCUGGCCCAUUGGUCCUCCAAGGACACGGCCACGCUGGAUGCGCUGCUCGCGGCCCUGCGCAGGAUCCAGCGCGGGGACAUCGCCGAGAGCCUCCACAGCGACUCCACCGCCACCUCCCCCGUCUGAGGGGCGGCCCCGCGGGGUCCCCUUCCCCCUGCCCC